CUUGGAAGGUGUCACCUGAGUUUCCGAGAUUUGACCGGAGUUGGGCCGCCGACCUCCAGUCCCUCGGCGAUGGAGAGCACCCAGGAGAAACCCGCGGAGUCUAGUUCCCCCGUCCCUGGGUCCGAAGAGCCUGCCGGCUUGGCCAGGAACCCCGAUGUGUUGCCUCCCAAGGAGUCGGAAGGCUGCGCCCGGCCCCUGGAGACGGCCCCCAAGAAACUCUGUGGAUAUUUAAGUAAGCUUGGCGGCAAAGGGCCCAUCCGGGGCUGGAAAUCCCGCUGGUUCUUCUACGACGAGAGGAAAUGCCACCUGUAUUAUUCGCGGACCGCGCAGGAUGCAAAUCCCUUGGACAGUAUCGACCUCUCCAGUGCAGUCUUUGACUGCAAGGCGGACGCCGAGGAGGGGACUUUCGAAAUCAAGACUCCCAGCCGGAUUAUUACCUUGAAGGCCGCCACCAAGCAAGCGAUGCUAUACUGGCUGCAGCAGCUGCAGAUGAAGCGCUGGGAGUUCUACAACAGCCUGCCUGCACCUCCCGCCGUCCCUGACGCUGCCCUGGCUGGGAAUGGGCCCUCUUUGUCCCAAGAAGAGAGUCCUGGGAACAACUCCAGAGACCCCCAGAGACCUCUCCUCCCAUGUGACUCCUACAUCAAGCCAUCCCUGGACCCUGUCUCAACUGUUCUGGAAGACCAGCACUGA